CAGUUAACUCCUCUCCCUUCCCUUCCCUUCCCUUCCCUUCCCUUCUCUCCUCUUCAGCUCAACACGCCCGCUGCCCGCCACUGCCAGCGUCUCCCUCCCGCGCGCGCGCGUGCAUCUCUCGCGCGCGCACAUGGCAACACCAUAGCGCGCCGCCACUUGCCACCACGCUGCAGCUCGAUCCACACUCCCACAGCUGGGACGAUGGCGGUGGCGGCGGCGGCGAGGACUAGGAUGACGCCGUUGACGCUGCGGGACUUCCUGGAGCAGUCAAGCAGCGAAGGCUUCCGCUCGUACCCGCGCUUCCCGGCCGCCGAUGACGGCGGCGUGGGGGACCUCGCGCCGCCGGUGCGCCUCCUCAUCGAGGCCGGGCUCCGCCGGAGCCCCUCGCGGUCGCCCUCCUUCUAUUCCUUCUUCCACAAGAGCCCCGGCACGCUCUCCAAGAUCUCGCGCCUCUCCAGGAGCCUCUCGCGGCGGUUCAGGGGAGGCUUCUUGAGGCGCCGCGAGGAUGGCGACGACGAGGAAGACGACAUUGACGUCGACGAGAGGGACUCGUUCGGGCUGCCGUCGCCGGUGGUGAGCAGCUGCUCCUCGUCGGAGUGGGAGCGCGCCGAGUCAUCAUGCACGGAGCUGGCGACGACGACGGAGGAGGGGGAGGAGGAGAAGUGUGCGUCCGAGUACGAAAAGACGUCGCAGUCAAGCACCGGCGGGAGCAUCGCCUUCCAUGGCGCUGCCGACGCCGGAGGAGACGGGCACAAGGAGGAGGUGGAUGGCGAGCCCGUGGGGUGCAACUUGGAGAUGGAGGACAAGCCACAGCUGAGCCCCGUGUCCGUUAUGGAUUUCCCCUACGACGACGACGACGAAGACGACGACCACGGCGAGGAAGGAAGCGAUCCCGGCGGCAUGUGCUCGCCGUCCUUCCAGCAAUGCCUCGCCGAGCUCCAGAGAUCGAAGGCGGAGCUGCUGCACAAGAUCCGACGGCUGGAAAAACUCAAGACGCAGGUGGUCGUCCCCGUGGAUCUCGAGGCGCAGUUCACCGAGUCGGAUUCCGGGCUAUCCCACGACGCGUGCACCGAGCGCACGAAUGCCAACACCAACUCGACUUCUGAUGACACCGCGACGACGACGACUGCGCCGGCGACGCCACGCUCCGGCGGCGAACGGCAAUGCACGGACGACGACGACCAAGACGAUGGUCACGGCGCGGAGCAGCAGCAGCACGGCCGCUUGCUUGCGCGGCUGCUCGAGUCGGUUGCUGUUGUUGCCAAAGACGAGAUCACCGAGUGGCUCCUGCUCGACUUCUUCGCCGAGGGAGUCGACCGGCUCAGGGCGGCGGGCAAGCCUAUCAGCGAUCGCGAGGAAGCGGUGCUGCUGCGCGCCGCCGGGGAGUGGGCGCGCGGCGCCGGACAGCAGUGGGGCGUCGGGGACGUGGUGUUCUCCGGGUGGGCGGCGGUGGCGGACAUGGAGCGGAGCCGGAGGUGGAUGUGCGUCGCCGAGGAGAGGCAGGACGCCGGCGCGGAGGUGGAGGGCCUCGUGAUGGACGCACUGGUGGACGAGCUGGUCGACGACUUGCGCGGUGCUGGUGCGGCGGCAGUUGGACCGGAGUUGCACGGCGUAGCGGGGUGUAACGUUUUGUGGGGACGUUAACUUGAGUGUUAACGUGACAGGUUUUACGCCGAAUCGUUAAAAAGAACAGGGAUGUGUGUGCACGAGGUGCGGCUUUCAGUCAUGGGCUUUAUGACUUUUCCAAGACGAAUUAGUACAUACUAGUAAAUUAAUAAUUCAAUGUCAGAUAUAUGAUGAACACCGUUCCUGAACCUGAAAGAGU